AUGAAAAUGUCGCCAUGCAACAAGACGCCUGUCUACAGUCUGUAUUUACCACAUCAUUGCAUUCACCGACCGGAGUCAACAACAACUUCGCUUCGAGUAGCCUUUAACGGAACGUCAAAAACUUCGAGCGGCUUAAGCUUGAACGACGUGAUGCACCAAGGUCUCAACCUGCAACAGGACCUGUUAUCACUAAUUAUCACCUGGCGACAGUACCAAUAUGCCUACACCGCUGACAUCGAGAAAAUGUUUCGGCAAAUUCUCAUUCACGAAGAAGAUCAGAGAUAUCAAAGAAUCAUAUGGAGAAAUUCACCAACUGAAACUUUACAAGAAUAUCAAUUAGCUACUGUCACAUAUGGAACUAAAGCAGCACCAUUUCUUGCCAUGAUGGUAUUGAAACAGCUAGCCAAAGAUGAAGGUCAUAAGUAUCAGGAAAGCCCAGCAGCGAAGGUCCUGCAAGAAUAUUUUUAUAUGGAAGACCUGAUCAGUGGGAGUCAUGACCUCGCAUCAGCUAAAAAGUUACAAUCAGACUUAAAAAACUUACUAAAAGCAGGUGGAUUUAAUUUAAGAAAAUGGUCAGCCAAUACACCGUGUCUUCUAGAGGGAGUCAGCACAGCAAAUACCAACCAGCAAACAUAUGACUUCAAAACUGAAAUAUCUACAAAAACCUUAGGCCUGCAAUGGCUUACGCAAUCAGAUCAGCUGACUAUUGACUUGAAGAUCGAUUUAUCAACAUCAAAACUAACGAAACGAAGCUUGUUAUCAAAUAUCUCAAAGCUCUACGACCCAGUAGGAUUUUUAACGCCAGUUAGCACAAAAUUGAAAUUAUUAUUCCAAAAAAUUUGGCAAUAUGACUUAAAAUGGGACGACGAGAUUCCUCAUGAGAUUCAAGUGGAUUGGACGAAGAUCAAAGAAGAUAUCAAAAAUAUAUCACAGAUACGUAUACCAAGAUGGUUAAAGAGCAACAAAAAUGACGUCAUCAUUCUUCAUGGGUUCAGUGACGCGUCGAUGAACGCAUACGCUUGCGCAAUUUAUUGCAAGAUAGUUCGUGAAAAACAAGAGGGAAGUAAAAACAUAUCCGUCGUCCUCGUUACAGCAAAAUCCAGGCUAGUACCACCGAAAAAGAAGAUCAGCUUACCUCGCUUAGAACUGUGUGCAACCCUACUUUUAUCAAAGCUCAUGAAAAAGGUGAAAUCAUGUUUGGCAGAUUACAAUAUCAAAAUGUUUGGAUGGCGUGAUUCGACAGCAGUAUUGGGUUGGCUGCAAGGAGAUCCGAAACGCUGGAACGUUUUUGUAGCCAACAGAGUAGCUAAGAUCACAGAAGUUUUACCAUCGGAAUGUUGGCGCUAUGUCAAGUCGCAGGAUAACCCAGCUGACUGUGCCAGCCGAGGAAUCAGCACGAAACAGCUUCAUCGACAUCAGUUGUGGUGGCGUGGACCAGCGUGGUUAUCAUACUCCGACGAUGAUAACGUCAAGAAGAUCACUUACACCACCGAUGAAGAGGUCAAAACCAUAAAGCAAGUACACACCACAACCUGCUCAAGCGAAGACGACGUCAUUACCCAAUUAAUAAGCAAGCACAGCAGUUUCACGCGAGUGACACGAAUAUUAGCCUACAUACUACGUAUAAAGCAAAAUAAUAAGCAAAGCUAUUUAACAGCACAAGAAUUACAAAAGGCAAAGCAAAAAAUUAUCAAGCACGUACAAAGCAAGGAGUUUGGAGAAGAUAUCGGCUAUUUACAAAAGUAUAACAAAGCAAGGCCAAAUAGCAAAUUAUUACCUUUAAAUCCUUUUAUCGAUUCUGAAGGUAUGUUGAGAGUAGGUGAUAGACUGCAAAACGCUUCGAUCAGCAAAGAAAUGAUGCAUCCCCUUAUCAUCCCCCACGAGAGUCACCUGACACACCUACUCAUUGAUCAAGCCCAUAAAAUGACAUAUCACGGAGGAGCCCGUGUCACCUUAGCAUGGCUACGACAACAGUAUUGGGUCCUAGGUUGGAACAGAGCAAUCAAAAAACGCCUGCGCAACUGCGUAACCUGUAAAAAACACAACCCUACAAAACAUUAUCAGCUUAUGGGCGAUCUUCCUGAAGCAAGAAUAAUUCCGUCGAGACUAUUUCUUAGAACAGGGGUGGAUUUUUCAGGUUUUGUGGACGUAAAAUCAAGUAAAGGCAGAGGAAUCAAGACCUUUAAAGGAUACAUAGCAGUGUUUGUUUGUAUGGUCACAAAAGCCAUACAUCUUAAGUUAGUAUCCGAUUUAACUUCAUCAGCAUUCUUAGCAGCAUUAAAGAAUGGCGGCGAGGCGUGGCACACCACAUCACAUUUACAGCGAUAA